UCUGCUCCGGCGCAUACAUCCACUUUCACCACGCCAUGUCACGAUAACACACAUUGAGUCAUGCCACCGAAGAAGUCGACGAAGGAAGGCGAUUCUGCCAAUGCCAGUAACGCGGAUGGCAAUGGGGAAGGCACCACGCAAGGGACAGCUCCCGAAGCGCCAAUGUCUGGCAGCAACACACCAGUUGCGACUCCCUCCGGCACACCCGCUCCGCCUACACCAAGCUCGCGUCCAGGAUCUGCAAGGCCAUCUCCCGCCGUGCGAGGACGAGGGGGCGCGAAGCCCUUGCCAAAGUUCGCAGGUCGACGAUCUGCUACUGCUCGAGCAGAGCUAGAGGCUGCAGAAGCGAAAAAGAAACGGGCCGAAGCAAAAGCUGCUGCCGAAGAGGCCAAGAAGAAAGCGAAGGAAGACAGGAAAUUCGGCUAUGGCAGAGGCAGAGGUGACUCACGAGGCGCUCCGCGGGGCGGUCGAGGCCGAGGCGGACACAUUGGCGAUCGGCCGAGAGAGUACUCGUCAGAGGCUUCCGGUAUAUUCGGUGGUGGCCAGGCUUCAGCCGACAUCAGAUAUGCGCGCACCAGUAGACCUGGCGGGUUUGGCAGUGGCGGAGGAGGAGGAGGUGGUGGCUCCGGUGGCAGAUCAGGUGGCAGUGGAUACCUAGGUGGCUCAGGGAUUAAGAGGGAGUCGGGAGAUGUUGAAAUGGGCGGCAUGCGGACGCAUAUUAAAACAGAAGACGGAGGCUACAUUUCCAGCGACGAAGAUGAGAAUGAAGGAGACAAGCGGGACGUCGAUCGCAUGCAAGUCAUAGAUUUGACUGGAGACCAGGAGCCAGACCUCGAAGAUCCUUUCGUACCAGUCCGUUUGUCUCGUGUACCACACAAAGAGCGAGCAGUUGGGUUACAAGCUGAGGAGUCGCCUGACGCGAGUGAUGCUGCAGAAGCGGUCUCAGAAAAACGCAAAGGCAAGCAGAGGGCAAGAGAUGUCGAGGUGACAGGGACAGCUGCGGUGCCUAAGAGGCCCACCACAUACAGCUCUUCGGAUACUGAAGGAGAGCCUCAAAUCAAACAGGAGCCUACAGACGAUGAACACACACGCCCGACAACCCCAGAGCCUGCAGUCACACAACCUGCUGCAGGCAUUGUGAGUCCUGGUGCUGAUCUGCUAGACUCGCCAGAACGCAGGAGGAAAGCCAAAGAAAAGAUCAAGGAAAAUGCUGAGAUUCCAGAAGAAGGCGAUGAGUCUGAUAUCGAGAGACCACCCGAGCCACACUUUCAGACACAGGCCGAGAAGGACGAAUGGAUCCGAUUCUACGACGACAAGCAGAAAGUGCGACACGAACUGGGGAGGCUGGUGCCCAAAGCUAUCUCUGCACCUGAUGCGGAUGGUGACACUGCGAUGGCCGAAGAGACUGGCCAUGCUAAGCGGGCUAAGGCGAGGCAAGAAGAACGUGAAAAGCACGUGUAUCUCUUCCAAUUCCCUCCCGUACUCCCUGAUCUGAAGGCUGUGACGAUUAAGGAUGAUCCAGACGCUACAGAAUCAAAUGGCGACGCGAAUGGCGACGCGAUGGACGUUGACGAAACGAAUGGGGCAACAUCCACGGCACAGGGCGCCUCGUCAGGAAGUACUCGACCGAGCUUAAGAUCCGGACAAGUUGGUAAGUUACGGGUCCACAAGUCCGGGAAGACGACUCUUGACUGGGGCGGCACGAGUCUGGUUCUCAAUCUAGGCGCCGAAGCCACAUUCUUACAAAAUGUUUUGAUCGCGAAAGUGCCAGAAACGAAGCCCAAAGAGGGCGAGCAGCCGCCCGAGGAUAUCGAAGACGCGAAUGCCAUGGGUAUGGGACUGAUUCGAGCCAAGUUCGUGCUUACUCCGGACUGGGAUGAGAUCCUCAAAUGAGAUCGAGAAGGAGAGUUGGCAUAGAAUCGGUCUUCACUUUAGCGAGGCGUUGAUCGAGGGAAUAUAUUUACGAGACUCAUGCUUCGAAAGACCAUACCCAGAGGCAACUCGUACGAGGGACCCUAGAUGACCACAGCGAAAAAUGGAACAGAUGUGCUCACGGCCGUAAUUUGUCUCCCGACUGUGUAUUUGCCUAUUUAACAGGAUAAUGUGGCCCACCCUGUGCACUGAACAUCAUCAUCCUCAAUCAAAAACCAAAUGGAAUCCGAUCAGAUCUGCGUCCGCCUCUGCGAUCCCUCUCUUCGGCAUAUACAUAUGCGACUGGUACCUCUCUCGGCCU